AUGUUGGGCUGCGAAGGUGGCAAGAAGCCCCUGAAGCAGCCCAAGAAGCAAGCCAAGGAGAUGGACGAGGAAGAUAAGGCAUUCAAGCAGAAACAGAAGGAGGAGCAAAAGAAAUUUGAGGAGCUAAAAGCGAAGGCCUCGGGGAAAGGCCCCCUGGCCACAGGUGGAAUUAAGAAAUCUGGCAAAAAGUAAGCUGUUCCUUGUGCCUGAGGCAAUGAUGAUCCUUAGUUCCAUUCCUGUUUAAA